AAAAUCGUAUAAAAUCGAUUUUUUUAUCGUUCGUUGCAAAAGUUUUCCAUUCUUCACGUACUAUUCUGAAGGAUAACAUUUUCGGUGUGCAAAAUGUUGAAAAUAAUUUUAGUUUUGUGUUCAUUGAAUAGUGCUUUUGGUAAUUUUAUCGGACCAUUUGUGCUAUGGGGCCGAUCCGAGCUACAAACAUUUGAUGUGCCAGCAUUGGAGAGUGUUGAUGAUAAAUUGUUGAGAAACUUGUACUCGGAAAGUACUGCUGUUGUUAUGUUUCUAAGGAAUUCAUCCAAUUCAUUGAAUGUGCAAAAUUAUCCAAAAUUCAAAGAUAUAAUCGAUGAAAGUCAAUGGACUUAUCUAUCGCAGCACUGGUUAUCAUCGGAUCCAGUCGAUUACAACACAAAUACAGAGGUUUACAACCUAAUUGGAGGAUCAUCCGAGCAGGACGUCGAAAUUGAUGAAAUCUACAGGAAUGCAAUUAAGAAGCAUGGCGCGGGAAAUGUGCUUGGAAUACUAGCUACCAAAUCCGACAACCAUGACAUUUAUAAGCGUGAAGCUGUUGAAGAAGCAUCAACGACAGAUUCGCCAACCGAAGAACCAAUGGAUGAGUAUCUAGUGUAUUAUGAAACAGGAAAGGCAAUUUUACAUACAACUAAUGCACCGAAACUCUUCGAGAAUGGCAAUGUAACCGAAUUACUGGUCCAUGGUCUGGUCAAAACCGACGAACGCGACGGGCUGUUCCGUAUCAUAGUGUCGUUUUUCAAGGUUAAACGUGAAAAUGAACCAAAGUUAACGUUACGGUUUCGAUUCAAAAUAUCGGACGGUUACUGGUCGUUGACUUCUGUAGAAGUUGAAGACUCGAAAAAGCUCGAAGUAUUCUAUUUGAUUGGAAAACCAAUAACAGCUCCACUACAAUUUUCAUACAAAUGUGCACAAACUAUAGUUUUUAGAAGUAAUUCCACCGCUGCAUCGAAAUUAAAUUUGACGCUACAAGACGUUCAGGUUCAACCACUAAUGAAUGGAUCGUCGCAAUUUGGCGAUGCUUAUGACUGUGUGGGAUUCACAUCAGCGCCCAUUUGGUCAGGAAUCAUUGUAACUGCAUUCAUAUCAGCGAUCAUUAUGCUAGGAUUACUUUGCAUUCUAGAAAUUAAACCACCGAAUAAAUUUGAAAAUAAUCGCGGUAAGCAGCUCACGUUUACCGUUCAGGAAUAAAUGAAAUUUCGUCGUCAUCAAAGAAUCACAGAAAAAUAAAUUUCCUGAAUUUGUGAAUAAUUGUUACAUUUAGGAUUUGUUCGAUUAAAAGAAAGGGAAAAAUAAAAAAAACUUUUAGCCAAGCUAUGUUGAUAUUAAUUUCUCAAAUUGUAAAAAUAGUGAAAAAGCGAAAGUAUAUAUCGAAUGCUGUACCAACUACUGUACCAUAUACUGUGCCCGUGAUUUAAAAAUAAACAUAUUUAUGUCGACAAAA